AAGAAGCGAAUUAAAACCAUCCCUACAGCCACGAACAAGAGCUCCUUCUGGAAGCCGCCGAGAAAGCGGCACUUUUCCGAACGACACUUUAGUCGCUCAGAAUGGGUGGAAACGAUUAAAACUUUUCAGGGCAUCACUGAGAGAGACUUGAAAGACCGGUGUUGUUGUGGGUGUUGGCGAAUUCUCGAUACUGCCCUGGUAAAAGGCGGGCUCCACACACAACACACUCGGCAGCGCGUUGCGCUUUCCUGUCAGUGGAUGGUUUAGGACACGGGCUUUGCUCAUCCCAUCCCGUCGGUAUCUGGGCGGCUCUGAGUGAGUCUGGGACGCGAAAGGGCUUUCUCCCGACUGGAAUACACAACAGCUGAAAGCAAACACCAAACAAAUCAACAGCAGGAAUCAUGGAAGCCAAUGGAAUCGCCGGCAGAUUCGGUCUGGAGGGAGACCAGGACCUGCAGUUUUUGCUGAGAGGUGGAGACCUACUGAAGGUGAAGUCCAGGUCGUGGAAGAAGACCCGCUGCUUUCAGCUGAAUGAAGACUGCAAGACUCUGUGGCAAAAGACCAGCAAGGCUUUCAAGAAAGACUCCAGCAUCAGUCUGGAGGACAUCGAUUCGGUGCGGUAUGGCCGUCAGACUGAAGGGUUGCAGAAGUACACUGACGACUUAGUGGAAGAGCGCUGUUUCUCCAUCAUCUUUAAAGGUCGACGGAAGAAUCUGGACUUGAUCGCUUCAUCCAAAGAGGAGGCCAAGCAGUGGGUCAGCAGUCUGGAGAAGGUCAUGACUAGAAUACACAACCUCAACCGACAGCAGAACAGUGAACACUGGAUCUAUGAGUGCAUGCGCAAGGCAGACAAGAACUCAGACAACAAAAUGUCCUUGAAGGAGUUGAAGCAUUUCCUGCGCCAGAUCAAUAUUGAAGUGAACGACAGUUACGCUGAGAUGCUUUUCAAGAAAUGUGACACAUCGAACUCAGGCACUCUGGAGGGAUCUGAGAUUAAAGAGUUCUAUGAUUUACUGACCUACCGUCAGGAGAUUGAUGUGAUCUAUGGGAAGUACUCUAACACUAAUGGACAGAUGAGCUCCGGUGACCUGUUGAACUUUCUCCAAAAUGAGCAGAGGGAGCCAGUGUCUUUGGAGUAUGCGAAGAAGCUUAUUGAGAAAUAUGAGAUGGAUGAGACAGCCAAACAGAACAAGUUCAUGAGCAAAGAUGGUUUCCUGAUGUACCUGAACCAUGAUGAAGGCUCCAUCUUUAAAUCAGCCCACAAACCUAUAUACCAAGACAUGCAUCAGCCGCUCAAUCAUUACUUCAUUUCCUCUUCCCACAACACCUAUCUGAUGGAGGAUCAGCUGAAGGGGCCUAGCAGCACAGAAGCCUAUAUCAAAGCGCUGAUGAAGAGCUGUCGUUGUGUGGAGCUGGAUUGCUGGGACGGUGCCAACGGUGAGCCGGUCAUUUACCACGGCCAUACGCUCACAUCCAAAGUGCUCUUCAAAGAUGUCAUCAAGACCAUCAAAGAAUACGCUUUCAAAACCUCACAGUAUCCAGUGAUCCUGUCUUUGGAGAACCAUUGCUCCACAGAGCAGCAGAAGAUCAUGGCCCGUCACUUAACCUCCAUCCUGGGCAGCGCUUUGCUCACUCAACCCCUGGGGCAUCAAAUGCCCAGCAAUUUUCCAGGACCCGAGGAGCUGAAGGGAUGUUUUCUGGUCAAGGGCAAGCGUUUGAAUAAACUGGAUGCGGCAUUUAACAACAACACCACAGAGGAUGUAGACUGUGUGUCUGAGGAAGAUGAGGCUGCUGAGCUCAAAGAGGCUGAACAGAAACCAAAGGAAAAGAGUUCCAAAAAGAUCCAGCUGGCUAAGGAGCUGUCAGAUCUGGUCAUCUACUGCAAGAGUGUCCAUUUCAGCAACUUCGAGCAUUCAAGAGAUAACCAGGCUUUCUAUGAAAUGGCCUCCUUCAAGGAGAGCAAAGCAAUAAAUCUGGCAGAAAGCUCAGCUACGGCAUUUAUUCAUCACAACAUGGAUAAGCUGAGCAGAAUCUACCCAGCUGGCUCCAGAACAGAUUCAUCCAACUACAAUCCAGUACCACUGUGGAACGCCGGCUGCCAAAUAGUGGCUCUAAACUUCCAGACUGCUGGUAAGGAGAUGGAUCUGAAUCAGGCCCGCUUUCUACCUAAUGGCAAGUGUGGCUACAUACUUAAACCAGAGUUUCAGAGGGAUCCGGCCUCAAAGUUUGACCCCAAGAACCUCAGUGUAGGCCCCUGGCUGAAGAAAAAGGAAUUUCAUAUCAUGAUCAUCUCAGCCCAGCAGCUGCCUAAAAUCAAUAAAGACAAGCAGAGCUCCAUCGUGGACCCUCAGGUCAGGGUGGAGAUCUAUGGUGUUCCAGCCGACCAAGCCAGCAAACAGACGCACCACAUUGACAACAAUGGUUUCAAUCCCAUGUGGAACACAAAAUUCCAGUUCACUAUUCACGUGCCGGAACUGGCUUUGGUGCGGUUUGUGGUGGAGGACUUCGACGCUGCUUCCCACAAUGACCUGGUUGGCCUGUACACUCUGCCCUUCACCAGCAUGGAGAACGGAUACCGCCAUGUGCCUCUGCUCACGAAGAGAGGAAACCUCAUUCCUUCAGCGGGACUCUUUGUACACAUCAUGGUUCUUGAUGCCAAAUAAACCGUCAUCCCCUUCAGACGUCGCAACGUCAAAGUGUGCAGACAACUGAAAAAGACAGUCAACUAAACCGUCUCCCGCGAACACUUUUAGGAUUUAAGAUUUGGACCUUUCCCAUGUUCCUCGUGCUCUGUUGGUUAUUGGUUGAGUUCAGAGGUGUUCCUUAAAAUGCUUCAUGGAAUUAGUAUAUGCGGUUCAGUUUCGACAAACAGGUGGGGUAAAAAAAAAAAACCCACACACUCACACAGACACACAAAACUAAGAACAUACGAAAGAUUCUACACAUUCCUAGUCUUUUUUUUUUUUUUCACAUAGCAUGCAGAUUGAAUAAAUUAAAUUAAAACAAAAUUAAUAAAUUAAAAUGAAAACUGUUUAAAUUAAAAAUAAUAAUAAUAAUAAAAUAUAUUUUAUUUAAAGUUAAUUUAAAUUGUAAUAUUUUAAAGAUUUUUGGCUAACAGUUAAAUUUGAUCAGUUGUCGAUUAAUUGUCUCCAAAAUAAAAGCUGGUGUUUACAAGUGUUGGGAUAAUGAAUUACAACAUAAUCAGAUUUUACGUAAUCUUUUUACAGUUGCGCGCAAUAUACCUUUUGGUGUUUUGGUUAUUGAUAAAUAAGCAAGUCUAGCCCCGGUGACAAAAAGCAACGUAACAAAUUACUUCCAUAAAAAAGAAUUAAGUUACAUGAUUAGUUAAUCAAUCAGUAAUGUAUACAUGUCUGUAUAUGUAUAUUUAUAUAUAUACAUAUAAGUAUACACAGUACACACGUAUAUUUUAUGAACAUUUACUUUAAUUUUGGAUGUGAUUAAUCACUGGUGCUUUGAGAAAACAUGUCCGUUUUGAGAAUUACUUCGUCAUUCCUGCCUUAAUCGGUUUAGAUUCGCACCUGGAGCAUGUUUUACCUAGCAGUUCUCUAUUUUUAUAUUAAAAAAGGUGUAUUUAAAAAUAUGUCACACAGAUCCCUUUUUAGACGGAACGAAUAUCCCUUUAUUAACAGAGUAUUUAAACAGUGUUUGUAUAUAAUUUCUGGUGUGUUUUCGUCUUCAUCAUAGUCGCAGUUAUAUCUCGGUUAAACAGGAGAUGUAAUCUUACCAAUAGCAUCCUUUGUUCAGUGUUGUGUGAGAUCAGACUCUGGUGUAAUACUGAUUGAUAUUUGUUAGUUCCAGUGACUUACGUUAGCUUAUGUUCAGUUUAUUUUAUAUCAACUCAGGAUACAAAUGAUGGACAAUGAACCGUUUACCCCACAUUACCAAUACUGUGCAUGUAUGUAUCGGUUAUUUUCUGGUGUUCGGCUAGCAGUAAUAAUCACAUUAUAUAAGAAUAUGAACGGUAGGUGUGUAUUGAAUUAUCUUGUCUGAGAAGAAGUGUUGCACUACAAACAUGUAUAAAGUAAUGGGAUAGAAAAAGUUAUACAUUCACAAACACUAGCUGUGCUUUAUAUUUUUUAAGGUGUUUGUUUUGUAUUCAUUGUUGUUGGUAUAAGGACCUGUUCCUUUUCUAGAAAUAUUUCUAUUUUUAUGUCGUUCUUAACUUAUCUGAUGCGUCUUAAAGGAAAGUUGUUACGGUUGUUACUUCAGCAAUAUUAAGCCAUAACAACAUCUGUUUCUGAUGUCCCGUUCUGACGUCCUCCUAACUGGAAACAACUGGUU